AUGGGAAAAUGGACUGCACAAAGCUAUGAGACAGAGUUAAUUUCAAAGUUAAGACAGAUAAUUGAGGAUAUCAACGAGAGAAAGAAUAAAGAUGGAGAUACACAUUAUACUUUUGAAGAGUUUGUAGAGAACUUGGAUGUGAAGAGCAAGAAUACUAGACAUUUCAUUGAGGAUUUACUUAGAGAGACUUGUGGAUCAAGGAGAAGUAGAGGUGGAGAGUAUUAUGGCAUUCCAUUGAACUUCCAGACAACAACAUCGACAUCUGGACAAUCAUCUUCAUCCUCCUCUACGUCAUCGUCAGGACAAUCGUCUUCAUCCUCUUCACGUGGGCAUCAAUGGUAUCCCAAUCGUUACCUGAUCACACAGUCUCAGCUGCCUCGAACAUAUCUUCAAAUGCAACAAUUACAACAACAACAACAGUUGCUACCUACACAACCACAGACACAGGCACAGACACAAGCUCAGUCCCAGUCACUGGCACAGCCACUGACACAAACACAAACACAUAUACCAACAACACUUCAUCAACAUAUAUUACAACAUCAACAGGCUCAAGAGGCAUUGAAUAGGGCAUCGGUGAAUACCGACCGAAUCACAAGCGAGCUCAACAACAGAGUUCAGAACCUUCAUUCAACAAUGGCCUCCACACUCUCGUCAUUCAACUCAAUGACUCAGGGAACGUCGUCGUCGUCCGCCGCACUGCCAUCAUCACAGAGCACGGGCAUCAUCGCCUCAACAAUCCCAGCAAGCAACUCUUCAUCCUCUUCAUCAGCCAAUUUCACAUUGAGCGCAGUGCCACAGCUCUCGUCUUCAUCGUCGCCGUCGUACGCGCCCGACUCACCAUCAAUCAUGUACACAUAUCCCUUCCAUCAGGAGGGCACCGAACCCUCUUUCAUCCCUGUAUCACCACCCCUGUCAUCAUCAACUCGCCACAUCCGAUAUAUCCCGAUCACAAGCGGUCGCGCCUUUUCCAAUGUCUCAUUGAUCAACUCGCCUCCAUCGUCUCCACCACAGUCAAGUCACAUCUCUUUGCAAUCAACUCAACUCAUCUCAUCACCAAGCAACAGCAUCAAC